AUGUCAAUGGAUUACGAUCAUUGGUUAAAUAUUCUCCCUUACAUCUAUACUUUUUCUUUCAACAAUAAUAAUAGCUGGUGCGAACAUAAAAACUACAAGGUCAUUUUUGAUGCACUAAAUGCGGAUGUAAUCUGUCUUCAAGAAACAAAACUCACACCAGAUAAACUAGACUCGUCAGUUGCUUUAAUAGACGACUACGAUGCAUAUUUCUCAAUGACACAAAACAAAACAGGAUAUUCUGGGGUUGCCACCUAUGUCAAAACGGGUAGUGUAGUAGGACCAUUUGCAGCUGGAGAAGGAAUUUCUGGAGUUCUUUGUCAGAAUCGACAAACGACGCGAAACAAUGAAGAACAACAACGGCAAGAGAUAAUAGGAGGUCACUUUCUAACAGAAUUUUCUAACAAUGAUUUGUUGGAUCUUGACGCAGAAGGAAGAUGCGUCAUCCUCGAUUUCGGAUUGUUUGUGCUGCUUAAUGUGUAUUGUCCGCAUGAGUCUAACACUAAACGAUUACCUUUCAUACUGGAUUUCUAUGAAGUGUUGCAAUUGCGCGUCGAGGCACUAAUUAAAGCUGGAAAGAAUGUUAUUGUGGUUGGUGAUAUUAAUGUUACCCACAUGGAGAUUGAUCAUUGUGACCCGCAAAGAUCUGUGAAAGAGCAUGGGUUGAAAUCGUUUACUGAUCAUCCGGCGCGAAAGUGGUUUGAUGGUUUUUUGAUGCCAAAAGGGCCAAUGUUUCAUCCGAAUGAAGAAAAAAUGUAUACGUGUUGGAAUACUGUAAUUGAUGCGAGGCCUGUAAAUUAUGGAACCCGCCUUGAUUACGUACUAUCAAGCGAGGGACUACUAUCCUGGAUCAAACUAUGUGACAUUCAACCACACAUAAUGGGAUCCGAUCAUUGUCCGGUGAUAGUUGAAUUAUUUGAAGAGAUUAAAGUUGGUGAACUGACAAUUAAACUACUGGGCGAAAUGGAAAGACUGGCAACUAAUAAGAGAACUGAAACACCUGAUCUUUGUGCAAGGUUUUUGCCUCAGUUCUCGGGAAAUCAGCUUACGCUUCAGAAUUAUUUUCAGAGAACAACUGACUUGAAUAACAAAUUGGAGAAUCCUAAAGACUUGAAUAUUAGUUUGGAUUCUGCAGGACGUGAAAAGGCGAUUUCGUCAUCACCAUUAUCAUCACCACGUAAGUUCGUCGUUAAUAAAAGUGGACCAUCAAAAAAAUCAAAGUUUAGUAAUAGCAGCAACAUGACAAAAUCCAAAAAACAACAAGAUAAUGGACAACGUACCCUAGCUUCCUUUUUCAAGAGUGCUUCGUCGUCUUCAGAAGAUUCUGUUCUUCCGUAUGUUGAGACAGAUCAAAAAAUCGGCACAGAUCCAAAUACAGAAAUUCAAAAUCCCUCAGAACUCUACGAAGCAACAGUUAUCGAUGCUGUGACAUCUGAAAAACAAGACACAACGGCGACGAAUACUGAAAGAGAAGAAUCAUCAAGAACAUUAACACAAAAUUCACAAGUGCAGUCUCAAUGGAUGGCGCUAUUCACUCCGCCUCCUAUACCGAAAUGCAUUGUUCAUGGAGAAAAGUGUAAAGAAUAUCGAGUGAAUAAGUCUGGACCAAAUCAUGGACGAAAGUUUUACAUGUGUUCAAGACCAGUGGGUACUUCACCAGAAGACCGUUGUAACUUUUUCGAAUGGGCAAAAACAGGCAAAUCAUCAUCAAAGAGAACAAGUAACGAAGAAAUCAACGACGUCAACAAGUCAAAGAAAUCGCUGAAAAAACAGAAAAUAGAAUAA